AUGUUAUUAUGGGAACUCUCAUUUCAAAAAAUCCCUUAUGUAAAUAUGAAAAUAGAACAGAUAAGAAAUCAGAUUUUAGAAUGUAAACGGGGAAAUUUUAAUUGGAAACCUGAAAAACCAAAGAUUAAAUGUUUCCAAGAAGGCCUUCAAAAGGUUACAACAUCCGCAUAUGACAAUAACGAUGAUUUAUCAUCAAAUUCAAAUUCAUUUAAAUGA